UCGGUAGCUAAGUGGACAGGCUGCGGAACAGAUUUAGCAUUUCUAUUUGUUUUUCCGGUUUCACCGAUGUUCUUGGAUUCAAAACACCAACCACCAAACGAAGAGAGUUACAAACUUCCUGGUUUUAAAAAAAAAACUUACGUUUGAGUAUAUUGGACAUCAACAGAAGUAAGAUGAUUUUGGUUCCAAACGCCAGAUGAUUUAAUGGAAGUCACACAGAAGGCUGCUUUCUUAGCAAUGCGACCUGGAUGUUGAAACAUUCAAGAAAAGGCCUGUCCUGCACUCCAACUACACAAUAUUACUCCACUCUCAUCAACUUGAAAGAGUAAUAUUAUAUGUGAUUGAGUGGUUCACCCUGAAAAAGGACUGCUGACUAAUGAAGCAAAUCAGUGUUUUGGGAAGCCCAAAAUAGUCUCUUCUCCGUCUCAGAGGCACUGUGAAGACAGUUACCCAGUCAGCCGUCAACAGAAGCAGACUGCGAGCAAAGCAAACCCAGGAAUUAGACUUCAUCAGCGACCUCGCCUACUGCCGAUGACAUCACAUGUGAUGUAUUCUCCACCACUAUCAACAUGUGGACCUUUGUCAACUGGAGGAACAGAGCCACCGACAGAUAACCAAAUACAAACCCUGAUUGCUGAAAAGCUCGCCUCCUUUAGGACUCGGAACGACAAUAUUCAUGGCUCUGCAACCACUCACAAAGAUCCUUUGUUUCCUAACCCCUUUCAUGUUUUAUGGCUCUCAGAUGUCCGCUCCCUGAUGCUUUGAUCUCCGUCAUGCAGAAUGUCCCCCAAUUAGGAUGGAAGUCGCUACGACUAACACACAGAAUCAAGAAGACUGUCCAAUGGUUGAAGUCACAAAGCAUUCCUCUGGUUUCAUGGUCAACAAUAGCUUACUACAAAAUGAAAAUAAGCCUGUUUGGUCAAAUGUGAGCAGUAAACCAGAACGUUGUCAAGUUGCUUAUACCAAGCCAAAUGUGUUACCAGUCAAAGUCACAAACACCGUAUUUGAAAGUAAAAGUGAGGAGACGUCCCUUAUUCAAAUGAUAAAGGAUCCACAGUAUGAUGACAUUUCAGAUGAUGACGGAGAAAUACUCAAAAUAUGUUGCGAAAAGUCACAGUAUGAGGACAUAAGUGAUGAUGAAAGUCCUACAUUUGGGAUCCCAUCGCCAACUGAACCAAACAUGUCACUAUUAAACAGUGACACCUACAGACAGGAUGGAGCCAAAGUACAGAUGAUCAUUUCAGGUGAGAUUGAGGAGGUAAGACAAAUUCAUCAGUCUGUUUCGCCAAGGAAAUGUCAACUUGAGGAGCAGGAAGACAAUGCCUUUUAUGUUAUUCCUCUACACAUUUUGUCCCUUAAAUAUGAACCCCCAAAAGAACAACAUGACUUUGUCAUGAUUGACAAAUGUGCAAUGAAAGAGACUAGACAGCAAGGUGGACCAGCACCACCUCUAGAACCUUUAUUAUCCCCCUCUGCUUCUUGUUUAGAGAUCUAUGAUUCAUCUGAACUAUAUCAACAGGUGAACUCUAUGAAAUUUGCUGACCAUUUUGAAGUACUUGAGGAUGACAUAGAUGAGAGGAAAGAUGCAUUUCAAAAGGAGGGACUGCUGUACGUUGAUCUUGACAGUUGUGAAACUGAAGACAGUUGUGAUUACUCUUCUUCAUCGGAACACAAUUAUUUGACUGUGUCGAAGCAUUUGCUGGAAAGGACAGUGCCACUGUGUUCUGAGGAUGAAGAUUCUCAAAUCGGACAGCAUAUUGAGCACAAAAGCACAACAAAAGUGGAACAAAUGCAAACAGGUGUGGGCUGUAAGAAUGUUGCACACAAAGCCAACAAACUAACUGAUGACUUGGUUACAAACACGGUACAUAUACUUGAUUCGUCAGAGGAUGAAAAUGAUGUGCAACUGACUGAUGAGACCACAGAUUCUCUGCAUGUGCAAAUCAAUACACGAGGAAGUGUUACGAAUCUGGACUGUGAUGAAAAAGAACAACAUGGUCAUGUAAUAAAGGGGAAAAAAAGAUUUCCCUCUGGAUCACUGGACAUCAUUGAUGACUAUUUUGUGCCGCAUAAAAAACAUCCAUCUUGAAUUGAAAAUGAACCAUGGCUGUAGCAAUUGCUUAUAUCAACAGUCUUGUGUGACUUAUUCACAAUUAAAUUUGAAGGAAAAUCAUUUAAGUUUUUUUUUUGUCCAUUUAUAUUAUACUAUAUUCUGGAGUGAUUAGGAAACAGAGUUCUUGCUCCUUCACAUCGAGAGGAGCCAGUUGAGGUGGCUCGGGCAUCUAGUCCGGAUGCCUCCCGGACGCCUCCCUGGUGAGGUGUUCCGGGCAUGCCCAGCCGGGAGAAGGCUCCGGGGCAAACCUAGGACAUACAGGAGGGAUUAUGUCUCACAGCUGGCCUGGGAACACCUUGGUGUCCUCCCGGUGGAGCUGGAGGAGGUGGCCGGGGACCGGGAAGUCUGGGCUUCACUAUUGAAGCCACUAUUGAUUCACUACUGCCCCCAUGACCCGGACCCGGAUAAGCAGAGGGAAAUGGAUGGAUUCUUGCAGCUAUAUUUUAUUCUGUGAUGGAAAUAAUAUCGUAUAAAAUGUCACACAUCAUCUUUUACAACUCUUUAUUGCAUUCUGUAACUUUAUUACAUGCAACGUAACUAAGCAUUUAGCAAGCUCAAGUAUCAUCUUUUGAUCAAUUUCUUAAGCAUACAUACAAAUGACCUGAGCAAUUACUUGGACCUCUGUUAGCGCCAUCACAUUUGCACACUGAAGUAUCACACCUGUCCAAAACCUGAGAACUUCCAUUCUGUGCUGUUUUGUAUAUGAGUGGGUUCAAAAGAACAGCAAGGCGGAUGUUACAAUGUAGCUUUCUUUAUUUUCAACCUCAGACAAAACAAGCCAUAGAACUAUCAUUCAGUUCAUCUGAAUCUUGUGGAAAUUAAUUUUCCGUUUUUUUCGUUUCCAUUUAUUGUGUUAAUUAUGUAUACUUUCAUUCCCUUGCUGUUGCAGCAGCCUGUUGUGACACUUUCAUCCUGGAAAUGUACUUGAAAUUGAUGCCAUAUUUGUAGUAAAUGGUUUGGUUUGGUUUAGUUUAUUUGAACAUGAAGGUUACAAUGAAAUACAUCUCAUGAAUCAUCCUUUCACAGUUCCACAUGUUGAAAAGGAGUAGGAAGAAGCAAGGCUUAUUUAAUCCUACCCCCCAUCCAUUCCACAUCAAGUACAGUGCAUGUUAUUCACUUCCUGCAUUCCAUAUCAUAUUUUAUAUAAUAAUCAGUGUAAUAAUAAAUAACGGUAAAAACAAAAAAACAGGCAUGACAGAACAAUCACUGUGAUGAUCAAAACUCUUCUGUCUUGUAUUUAGCAAACAUCAACUGCUUGGAUUGUUUUUUGAAUUUGCUCAUCUCUGUACAUUGAGUUCCUUGCUUAUCCGUUCCGUAAUUUAAUUCCACAUACAGAAAUGCUGUGGGUUUUCAGUGUUGUUCUCGCAUAUAAGUGUUUUAAGUUUAAUUUUCCCCUAAUAUCAAAUUUCUCCUCUCUGAGAAAUACUGUAUGAGGUUUUCGGGUAACGAAUGAUUAUUUACUUUAUGCAUUAUUCUAGUGGUUUGAAAGAGUACUAAAUCUGCAAAUUUUUAUAUCUGUGAUUUUACAGUAAA